AUCACCCUCCGCACCCUCCGCGCACCUGCCCCUGCACCCAGCAUGGCCAAGUCAAAAGGCGCCUCGGCGCCGCCAAAGUCGCGCCCCGCCUCGUCUGCCAGUGCGACGCAGGCCGCGCCCGACGCUGCGCCCGCCACGCUCUCGGCCUUCUCGCCGCGCGCCGACCUCUUUGCGCUGCUGACGCAGGCGCUGGACCGGCAUCGCCUGCGCAUCUACGCCUCGCCCGACGCGCGCCUCACCGCCGACUACGUGCUGCCGGCGGCGCGCGCCGAGGCGCUGGCGUGGGGCGCGCUGCCGCACGCCUCGUCAUCGGCCGCGUCGCCCGAGGCGCCCAAGAAGCGCAAGAAAGGCACCGCCGCCGCCAAUGCCGCCGCCGUCGCCUCGUCGAGCUCGGCGGCGACGCCCGUCGUCGCGCUCGGCCUCGCCGACGGCACCGUGGCGCUCUUCUCGCCCACGCACGGCCGCGUGCUGCGCUCGCUGAGCGACAAGGCGCCCGCUGCCGGCCCGCGCGGCGUGCGUGCACUGCACUUCUCGCACGACGGGCAGAGCCUGCACGCCGCAUGCGCCGACUCGGUCGUGCGCAAGUGGUCGCUCACCUCGCCGGACGCGCCGCCGGAGCGGACGCCGGCGCCGCAGGUCUCGGCGCUCGGCGAGACGAGCGAGCUGCUGGCGGCGUCGCAUGCCAUCGACGAGCUCGGCGGCGCGAAGCGGAGCUGGACAGGCCAUGCGUCGCCCAUCACGCACCUCACUGCGCUCGCUGCUCCGGCACCCGCUGCCUCCUUCGUCAGUGCUGCGUCCAACGACCGUGUGCUGACGCUGUGGGGCCAGGCCGCACGGCCGUUGGCCACGCUGCCCAUGACGGCGCCGGCACGCCAGAUCAUUGCGCUCAGCACUGCCGAGCGUGCCCUCGUGCUGGCCAUCACCACGUCUGGCGACGCCGGCAUCUACGCCGUGCCUGCUGCGCUCGACGGCAGCGCCAAGCGCACGCCGGCGCUCGAGCGCGUCUCGUCCGUCACGCUCAAGGCGAGCAAGAAGGCCGAGGCCACGCCGCUGCUGGACGCGGCACAGGUGGGCAACCAGCUGUAUGUCGCCGCGCUCGUCAAGGGUGCGAAGCUCGUGCUCGAGCGGACACAAUUGCUCGAUGAUUCGUCUGCGCUUCCGCCAGUGAUCGAGCUCGUGCGCGCUGGCUCCGCCGGUGGGCUGCUCUCGGAUGGCGACGCUGCCCUGGCUGGCGGCAUCGCCGCGACGCAGCGCUAUGCCGAGCCGAGUGGCGCUGCUGCGCGCGCUAGCGGUGCUGCCAGCUCGUCUGUGCUGGCCGACGACUCGGGCCUGCUUCCGCAGCCCGACGCCGCGGCCGGUGCCGAUGCGCAGGCAGACCUCGAUGCAGACAUGGACGCCUCCGCUGCGGAGCCGACACUCGCUGCUCGUCUCAAGGGUCUUGACGUCCGCCAGAAGCAAGGGCGCAACGGCGCCGCAAACGGCAGUGCGGCGCUCGCCAACGGUAAUGCUUCCGAGUCCGACGAUGAGGACGAGGAGGAUGUUCCGCGUGCGCCUCUCGGCGGCGGCAUCAGUCUCGCGCAGACCCUCACGCAGGCCCUGCACUCGGACGACACGGCACUGCUCUCCUCGGUGCUGGUGCACAACGACCCGCAGCUGAUCCGCGAGAGUGUGCGGCGCAUCUCUGGCCCGCUGGCUGUGCGCCUGCUCGAGGCCGCAGUCGUGCGCAUGGGCCAGGGGCAGCGCUCGCGAGGUGCACUGGGCAGCCAGCGUGCGCGAGGCCUGGUGGAGUGGGUGCGUGCCACGCUGGCUGCGCACACCGCGUAUCUCAUGUCUCUCCCGAACCUCGUGACGCGCCUCGCCUCGCUGCACACCGUCCUGUCGAGCCGGCUGGCGGCCCACGACCGCUUGCUUGCGCUCUCCGGUCGCCUCGAGCUCGUGCUUGCGCAGAUCGAGCUGCGCACUGCGUACGCUGCCGAUGCGGCCGCACGCGCACCUGUGCAGGGCCUCAAGACGAAGCAGCGCACCGCUGCGGCGCCGAAGCCCGUGCGCGAGGCCGGCCGGUGGGUCGAGGGCAGCAGCGACGAGGAGAGCGACGGCGAGGCCGCCGAGGGCGCGUCGGACGAGGACCUGGAUGAGGACGCAGACGAGGUGGACGUGCUCGGCCAGGCGAGCGACGAUGACGACGACGCUUCGGUCGAGGACGUCGCGCUGGGCGCCAGCACGUCCAUGGGCGUCACGUCGGGCGAGAGCGACGAGGAGGCCGACGACGACAGCGCGGCGGGCUCGGAUGUUGAGAUGAUCGACGCUGGCUCGGCCGAGGGCAGCGCGGACGAGGAGAGCGACGAUCCGGACGUGCUGGAGGACGGCGAGGACGAGAGCGAGCUGGACGACGACUCGGACGAGGUGGACGAGGAGGAGGACGAGGAUGAGGACUCGGACACGGGCAAGGGCGGCGGGCUGCUCGAUCUCGAGGCGUCCGAGGGCUCUGACGAGUCAGAAGAAGAGUAGACGACUUUACGCUCCGCCCCCCUACCAACCCUGCUGCUCGUUCCGCUGCACUGUCCGAUCCUUCGCCACACACUGCUCCUCGUAAUCUUGCCUCUUUCACUGUGCUCUCUCUCCUCUCACGCAAAGGCUCUUCACAAAAGGACGGGGCACGGCCACGCAAUUCCAUCGUGGGGUAUGACAUC